UUAUGAAAUACACAAAUGCAAGUAAAAAGUAAAACAACAAAAAUAUCGGACUCAUCAAGCGAAUGUAAAACAACUAUCAUAUUCCGGACUUGGUGCAGUCGUUUCCUUAUGUAGAAAAGGAUGAAUUAAACCUGGAUUUAUAGCUGCCUAAACCUCUCACUUAAUUCUGCUAAUUUAUCUAAAGUUUUGAAGAUUACUUAUAUAUAUAUAUAUAUAUAUAUAUAAUUUUAUUGGCUGUGUUAAAAUAUGCUCACAGGUGGGAUAAAACAAAAGUUUAUUAUGUAACGCAUAUAUUUAUAAUAACGAUUUCCAUCUGAAAAACAUUACAAUAUGAUUUUCAAGUUUUAACUUUUUGUCGAGCCUGCGACUUUUGUCGCAGAAAGCUCGACAUAGGGAUAGUGAUCCGGCGGCGGCGGCGGCGGCGGCGGCGGCGGCGGCGUUAGCUAACUUCUUAAAAGCUUUAUAUUUUAGAAGGUGGAAGGUCUGGAUGCUUCAUACUUUGUAUAUGGAUGCCUCAUGUUACGAAGUUUCCGUCAGUCACAUGUCCAAUGUCCUUGACCUCAUUUUCAUGGUUCAGUGACUACUUGAAAAAAAGUUAAGAUUUUUUGUAAUGUUAGAUUCUCUCUUAUUAUAAGUAACAGGAUAACUAUAUUUGGUAUGUGCGUACCUUGCAAGGUCCUCAUGCCCGUCAGACAGUUUUCACUUGACCUCGACCUCAUUUCAUGGAUCAGUGAACAAGGUUAAGUUUUGGUGGUCAAGUCCAUAUCUCAGAUACUAUAAGCAAUAGGUCUAGUAUAUUCGGUGUAUGGAAGGACUGUAAGGUGUACAUGUCCAACUGGCAGGUGUCAUCUGACCUUGACCUCAUUUUCAUGGUUCAGUGGUUAUUGUUAAGUUUUUGUGUUUUAGUCUGUUUUUCUUAUACAGUAUGCCAUAGGUCUACUAUAUUUGGUGUAUGGAAUGAUUGUAAGGUGUACAUGUCUAGCGGGCAGGUGUCAUCUGACCUUGACCUCAUUUUCAUGGUUCAGUGGUCAAAGUUAAGUUUUUGAGUUUUGGUCUUUUUUUCUAAUACUAUAUGCAAUAGUUCAACUAUAUGUGGUAUGUGCGUACCUUGCAAGGUCCUGAUGCCCGUCACACAGUUUUCACUUGACCUCGACCUCAUUUCAUGGAUCAAUGAACAAGGUUAAGUUUUGGUGGUCAAGUCCAUAUCUCAGAUACUAUAAGCAAUAGGUUUAGUAUAUUCGGUGUAUGGAAGGACUGUAAGGUGUACAUGUCCAACUGGCAGGUGUCAUCUGACCUUGACCUCAUUUUCAUGGUUCAGUGGUUAUUGUUAAGUUUUUGUGUUUUGGUCUGUUUUUCUUAUACAGUAUGCCAUAGGUCUACUAUAUUUGGUGUAUGGAAUGAUUGUAAGGUGUACAUGUCUAGCGGGUAGGUGUCUUCUGACCUUGACCUCAUUUUCAUGGUUCAGUGGUCAAAGUUAAGUUUUUGAGUUUUGGUCUUUUUUUCUAAUACUAUAUGCAAUAGGUCAUCUAUAUUUGGUGUAUGGAAAUAUUUUAUUAUGUACCUGUCAGUCUUGCAGGUUUUAUUUGACCUUGACCUCAUUUUCACGGUUCAUUGCUCAGUGUUAAGUUUUUGUGUUUUGGUCUGUUUUUCUAAUACUAUAAGCAAUAGGUCAACUAUAUUUGUUGUAUGGAAGGAUUGCAAGCUGUAGUACAUGUCUGCCUGGCAUUGUUCAUCUGACCUUGACCUCAUUUUCUUGGUUCAUUGGUCAAUGUUUAGUUUUCUUGGUUAAGUCUGUAUCUUAGAAACUAUAAACAAUAGGUCAACUAUAUUUAGUGUAUUGAAUGAUUGUAAGGUGUACAUGUAUUUCUUGUUUGGUUUAUAUGACCUUGACCUCAUUUUCUUGGAUCAUGUUAAGUGUAUGUGAUAGUUGUAGUAAAGCUUUAUAUUUAGGACUAUCAACAUAAUAUCAAUGAUUAGUAAAGAAGGCGAGACAUUUCAGCGUGUGCACUCUUGUUAAUGAAAGAACUAUGCUUAUCAAACUAAAAUGUCAGUGUUGGCCGAUUAUGUAAAAUAAUUAAGGACACAUUUUGUGAAUGUUUUCUGGAUCAUUGGAAAGAGUUUAGAUUGAAUAUUCUUGGCUAAAUUAUUAAUUGAUUGAUUGUUGGUGUUUUAACGCCACUUUUAAGCGCCACUUUUGGGCUAUUUCGUGGCGCCCAGUUUGUAUUAGUGGAUGAAGCCUGAGUGCCCGGAGAAAACCACCGACCUUCGAAAGGAAAACGGACAAUCCUAGUCAAUUAAGAUUGGAGUCGAGUGCACCCACAGGAGUGGGGUUCGAACUCACAACCUCAGUGUUGACUGGCUAGUGAUUACAGUAGUAAAACUAAUUAGACCACUUGGCCACCGAGGCCCCUAAUUUAUUGAUUAAAUAUCUAUGAAUUCAUAAAUAUAUUUUGAAUAAAAGUAAUUUUAAAAUAGGUAAGCACUAUGCAAGAUCAGAAUAAGCGCAUACUUCCUAACAUAGACUCUGAUAUGUAAAAAGAUUUAUAGAUAAAUCACAAAGGCUAUGUAUAACAUGCAUGUUGGAUAAGUUGGAGAUGAACAACAUUUUAUAUGUGAACGUCCCCUUUAUAAUCUUUUGAGAAAAUAGUUCUAUGAUAAGUUUUUUAUAAGUUGUAAAAAUUAUGAAGUGUAAAACAAAAGUGCUAAGUUCAAUUGACUUCAUGUUCAGGGAAACCUGGUGGUAUUCAAACUUUUUGGAACUUAUAUUGAUAAUGUUAUGAGCUCCUAAAACUAUCCAUAUAAUACAGAUAUGUUCAUUUGUAACCCAUGUAGGAAAAUUUUCCUGUUAACAUUUUACAUAAUCUUUUUAAUUACUGUUUUAACACAUAUGUGUAUGGCUCUGGUCUGGUCGAGGCUUAAGAUCAUACAAUAAAGUUUAUUAUAUUCAUAUUUAUAUAAGAUUGUCAAAAUCAUUUGUAUCUCUCAAUUAUGAAAAUAUCAUUGUUAUAAAAUACUUUGCUCAUCGGGAUACCUAUACUUGGAAUAAAUAUAUAUUUUUCUUUGUCUUGUCUUUAAUUGCUAUUCAAACUUUUGGUAUAUCUAUAAUAACUAUAAAGAUUUAAGGUUAACACUAAAAAUGGCAACAAAUUUUUUUUCAUUUAAUCCAUAUAAGGAGUAAACAAACCAUUUCGCUCUUCCUUUUUUUUUUUUUUUUGCCUAUUGUAGAUCAUUGCUGUUCAUAUUUACUUCUUGUAUUUUUCUGAAUUAUCUUAAACGUAUUUUCAUUUUCGUAAUUGUUAUUUCACGUCGCUUGGAAUCGAACUAACUUUUUAAAACCGAUUAUGUGCGACUCUAUGCAGACAAGAGUAGUUUGGAUAGAUUUCUAAUCUAUUGACUCAGUGCUUAUAAGUUUUACAAGUACUAUUAUAACAGUGUUGUUUGAUUGUUUUUUUGUUGUUUUUUUUUUGGUUAAUCAAGCAAAUAUGGUUAAAAGGGGACACGUCAUAUUUAACUUUACAAAUAUGUUUGAAAUGAAACCGAGGACGGAUUUUUUUUUUUUUUUUUUUUUUUUUUUUUUUUUUUUUCAUUAUGAGAAAUUGUAAUCCAAUGUUUUUGUCUCUUUUUCUAUUAUAUCUACUUUUAAAUCUUAAUAUGAUACUGAUUUAAUUUUUAUUCCUCAAACAUAAAAAGGGUAAUAAAGGCUUCUAUAGUGAUAUGUCGAACCAAUUGUUCAUAUGAACACCAAAAGCAGUGUGACAAAAAAGUGAAGAACAAAGUCUUUCUAUUGAUUAUUGGUCUACUUGUUUAAAUAUCGUUGCUAAAUUUAGAGCUACAUACAGAUCUAUUUAAAAAUUUAAAAAUAUCAAGACUUGAUUGUCCAAUCAUCCGUUUGAUGUUGGCAAACAAGUACAAGGUUACAAUAAAAUAUAUGUACGUAGGAAUAACUUUGACCUACCUUUCAAAUGAAUGUUUUUAAAUGUGGAAAAUACAAUGAAAUAAAUGAUGACUGCAAUCGUUUAAAGACAAAGAUUUUUUGUAUGCAGACGAUAUAUCCGGAACUAUAUGCAUGAACACAUACAGCUACGAUCCCUCAUUAAGAUAGCUCGACAAAAUGGCGACUGCGAUUCUGCCAGUAGAGGAAGAAAAUUAUGUACGGAUGAGUCUGCUCCUUACGGGAAUUUCUCCACGUGCAGUUAGAGUCUGUUUUGAUCGUGAAUUUUCUCCGCAAUGUUUAUAUUCUUCAUUGAAGAAAGAAUACACCAAACUAAAUGAGCUUAAAAGGCAACAUAGAAUUAGUCAGAAACAAUGGGAUCUUCUGUUCCCGCCAUCUCAAGGUGUUCCUGAUUCAAAAACAUUUGACAUCACUUUGAUGAUAACAUUACUUAGAAAUCUGACUCGUAUGAUUCCUCCUAUGGGUGGUUUUGAUUGUUUACCAACAGCUACAGAGACUACACUAGGUGCUGAUUUAGCUAGAAUAAAGUUUUACAGAAAUCGCCUGGCUCAUCUGGAUGAUGCAAAUAUAGACCACGAUUCCUUCAUUACUUACUGGGAGGAUGUAACGGAUGCGAUAGGUCGAGUAGGAGGGCAUCAAUUUCGGCUGGAAUGUGAUAACUUGAAAACCAAACCUCUAGAUCAAACCAGCCACGAAAUAAUGUUGGAAAUCAAAAGUUCAAAGGAUGAAAUCAGAGACCUAAAACAGUCCUUGGAAAGUCUAAAGAAAGAGAUUGAAAUUUCUCAGCAGGUCACGAUACUAGGGAAUGUGAGAGAUGACCAUGAAGAUGUCAUUCGAGACUGGGAAAGAGAUGAUGAGACAUUUGUAGAAACAAGAGCAUCAGAACAUGUAAUGUCGUGGCUUUCAAAAUGUAAUAUAGCUGUUUUAACAGGGAGUUCCGGUACAGGAAAAUCAUUUCUCAUCCACCAUGUUGCUUUAGAGUUACAUCGUCAGAAAAAUUUUGAUAUAAUACCUUUAUCAUUUGUAACGGCGCCUUCGGAUAUAAUUCGUUAUAAGAGUAAAAUUAGAAAUCAGGUUUUUGUAAUUGAUGAUAUAUGUGGUAAAGGAACAAUCAAUGUGCAGUUUGUAAAUAUAUGGAAAGACCUCAAAGAAAAGUUAAAAUCUGUAUUCCAAUCAUAUUCCGUCGAAACAGAAGAAACAAUAAGUGCAAAACUUCUAAUUUCCUGUAGGCUUCAAGUGUUUAAUGACUCACAGUUCAAAUGUUUAUCACUAUUUACUGAAAAUGCUGUUAAUCUUGUAUCUGAAUCGUUUUGUCUUCUCGGAGAUGAAAGAAAAUUGAUAAUACAGAAAUAUCUAACAAGCGAACAAAUUAAUCAUGUGAUAGAUCAUUUGUGCGAUUUUGACUUCUUCCCACUACUGUGUAAAAUGUCCAAAAACUUGUCAUUUGACAAACUAAAACUGCUCUUCACAUCACCGAUUAAAACAAUAAAAGAAGAUAUUGAAUAUAUGAUAGAAUCGGGAAAAAACUACCAAUUAUGUGCCUUAAUUUUAUGUAUUUUGUUUGAGAAAGGAAUUAAAGAGGAAUGGCUUAAAAGUAGAGUGAAAACGAGUCCUAUAACAUCAAGAAAAAAACUUAUCGCUUUAAACUGUAACAUUGAUUUGGAAAGAGAACUCGAAAGACGAUCUUUAGAAAACGGAUUUUCGACAUUAUUGGGAACGUUUCUGAAGAAAAAUGGAACAAAGUACAGCAUAAUUCAUGACAAAAUAUACGAUAUUGCAUCCGUUGUAUGCGCACAGACAUUUAAAGAAUGUUUUAUUAGAUUUGCCAAUGGAAAGUUUAUCGGCGAUAGAUAUAUAUUUGAAUCGAUUGAAACAAAUCCCACUGAUGACCUUGUUGUACUUUCGGCAGAAAUGGAAGAAGAUUAUUUUCAAAGACUUGUAGACGAUUUGAAACAACUGGAUGUCUACAGCACCCUACAUAAUAAACAAUUAGUCCACAAAUCAUUUCGAGAAAAAUUUCUAAGAUAUCUUAACAACAAUGCCGAGGAUUUGAAGGAUUCGUUCAACCUAAUUGACAAGAAUGGCUUAAAAUUGGAUGUGGGGGAAGUCCAUUUUUGGGAUGAAUCUGACAUUGACGAUACGAACGAUGAAUGUAGAGUAAGGGACAUUACGUUUCCGUUAAUAGAAGCAGCUACCGAGGGGUAUGUUGAUAUUGUUGACUUCCUAAUCAAAAUGAAUUGUAAUAUAAAUCAUAUAGACAGCUUUGAUAGAUCAGCCUUAUAUAAAGCUUGUAAAGGCGGAUUUCAUGAUGUUGUCAAAAUUUUAUUAAACCAUGGUGCCGACCCUUCUUUGUGUCAUGAAGACGAAUCAUCUCCAUUACAUAUGGCAUGUCAAGCAGGAAAUGAUAUUAUUGUGCAAUUGCUUCUUGCUAAAAAUGUUGAUGUCUGUAAAUUUGACCGACACUAUGUAUCACCGUUACGCAUAGCAUGUGAGCAAGGACACAUAAAUAUAGUGAGACUUCUACUUCAGAAUGAAGCUGACGUUAAUGCCACCGAUAUUUGGAUGAAUCAUUGUCCUCUCCAGAUGGCAUGUAAAGCGGGCCAUUUAGAUGUAGUGAAACUGUUGCUUGAAAACAAUGCAGAUGUAAACAGUCGGUCUAAAUUCCAUGACACUCCUUUGAGUUUGGCAUGCGAGGGUGGUUAUGCUGAUAUAGUUAGAGUAUUACUAGAAAACAAAGUUGAGGUUUUUAAAACAAUACCCAGCAAAUCGCCUCUGCUAAUAGCUUGUGAAAAUGAACAUGCAGGGAUUGUGAAAAUGUUACUGGAAAGCGAUACAGAUAUAUAUCCAGAUAUAUAUGAAUGGGAUAGAAGCGUAAAUUCACCCUUGGCUGCUGCUUGCGCAAGUAACCAAGUUAAUAUUAUGCAGAUGUUAUUACAGAAAUGUAGCGACCAAAUUUCUUGUUUUGACAGGUGGUUUUCUAUGCGUACGGCCUCGUUUUUUGGUUGCACAGACAUUGUAAAAAUAUUUAUGAAAAACGCAGAUCUUCUUUUAGGUGAAGAAGGCCAUAGUUUGAUAAAUGAGUCUAUGUAUUUAGCAUGCAAAGGAGGAAAUAUAAAGACAGUUCAAUAUUUUCUGUCUCAAGGUAUUGGUGUGUUUCAAUACUCCGAUACUGGCCAAUCAUUACUUCAUGCAACCUGUGAAUCUUCUCGUGAUAAUGAAGAUCACAAAUCUGUUAUAAGUCUGUUGAUUCAAAAUAAGUUAGACAUCUCCAAACCGGACAAUAAUGGAGUAUCACCUUUACAUUUAGCCUGUCAAAAUGUUUCGUUUUCUUUAAUUGAAUUUCUUAUAAGCAACAAAGCGAAUGUCAAUAUGCGAGACUAUCAUAACAGGUCACCUCUACAUUUCGCCUGUGAGAGGAGAAUUAGACCAGAUAUCGAUAUCAUUGAAAUAUUGCUUAAAAAUAAAGCAAACUUAAAAUUGUGUGAUAGCACCGGAAAAACUCCCCUUCAUGUAAUUUGUGAGAGAUGUAACUUCUCGAUAUAUAACCAACGCGAGAUCAAUAACUCUCCUAUGUUUGUCAUGGACAUAUCAACGAAAUGCAAGUCGAUAGUCAAAUUACUAAUUGGUUAUGGAGCAGAUGUGAAUGCACGAGACAAUGAAGGAGAAACUCCUUUACAUAAAGCAUGUAGGUAUGGAGAUUAUGAACUGGUAAAAACAAUACUUUCCUCGAAGAAAUCAGACCCCAAUUUACGUAAUAAUGCUGGUUAGACACCAUUGCAUUUAGCUUGUAAAUUCAGCCACAAGUACAUAACCAAGAUAUAUGGGAUACAUGUCGAUAGUAUUGAAGAAGUUAACGAAGGAAACUCGUCUCUUCUUAUAUCUUCAGAAACUUUGAAAUCCAUUGAGGAACAACGCAACUAUUAUAUAGAAAAGGGUGAUGUGGAUGAGGCGAGAUAUCUGAAUUCCAAAUAUGAUAUCCUGAAACAGAUUAUUUCACUUUUGAAUGAGUAUGAUGCAGACAUGUUCCAGUCAUGAA